UAACCAAAGGCCGAAGAUACGACUGAUCCAGAAGGAACAUGCCCCAGACCACCUCAUGGUUCAUCCUCCUUUCCCUCCUCCCGAUAGCUCUAGGAGAACACCCUACCAUAGGUGUCCCUAAUGGGGGGCCUUGGGGGGAAUGGGGCCCGUUUGAAUGGUGUCCUUGUGGUUAUCGUGCAAGAGGAUUCUCCCUCAAGGUUGAAGAAAGGAAGAACAUCGAAGAUGACACCGCUCUAAAUGGGAUUCGUCUGCUUUGCGUGAACCGCAACGAUACAGAUCUGGAGAGCAACACCGUGUACCCCAUCCAGUCUGCCGAAGCACCGUGGGGUGAGUGGACCGAGGUUAUGUGGUGCCCUGAAGGAUUCCUUAUAAGAUUCAUCAUGCAGGUGGAGGCCCAUAAAAAAGGAGGAGAUGACACCGCCGCCAACAAUUUCAUGUUCCUCUGUUCCGACACCACCGUCCAUGUGGGGCUGGGCCAGAGCUGGGGCCACUACGGGAAAUGGAGCGGGCGCUGCAAGAACGGGAUCUGCGGGAUGAAGACCAAAGUGGAAGCUCCACAAGGAACCGGAGAUGACACGGCCCUGAAUGAUGCCCAGUUCGUAUGCUGCAAAGACGUUGAACCUAAUCAGGAUAAAGGAGAUGACACGACUCUGAACGGAAUCAAACUGUACUGUGGUGAACCCGCCAGAACUGACGUGAAAGCUAUGAUUACUUCUACAAAAGGACAAUGGGGAAGUUGGACGGACAUCCAGUGGUGCCCUUCUGGGAAUUUCAUUAGCUUCUCUCUGAAAGUUGAGCCGCCCAUUGAUGGUGACGAUACGGCAGCCAACAACAUCAUGUUCCAGUGCUCCGAUCUGAAAAUCCUGAAAGGGUCCGGUGGUGCUUGGGGAGAUUUUGGAGAGUGGAGUGAAAUCUGCUACGGUGGAAUUUGUGGCAUCAAGGCCAGAGUGGAGCGUCCCCAAGGAGAGGGAGACGACACGGCUCUCAAUGACGUCCAGUUCUUUUGCUGCCAACAUAAUUAA